AUGGAUAUGCAUUGCAGUCUUGUGCAAGAAAUUACAAAUUCAUAUGAUGAAUUUGAAGAUGAAGAUGAUGUUUUCUAUGAAGAACUUAGAAGGCAAGUUUUGCAGUUGACGGCAGACGACGAAGAAUUAUAUCCUAACGUUAGAUCUCCGAGCUCGGUCGAUGCCCGGAGAAAAGGGUUAAGUACUAGCCCUCCUUUUGUGCCACAGUGUAGAUGUCAUUACAACUGGACAGAGAACCAUGUGACUCCUCCAUGGCUAUUGAGCUUGUGGAAAACUAACGGAAAAGGCAAUGGAACUGGAGUUUUUAUACCACAGAUUGUCAAGUCUAGUAGAAGAAGAAAUUAUAGACCAAGAAGGAAGAACAAUGAGAGAGGAAAAAUGCAGAAGCUGGUGGAAAAAAACUGA